CCUGUACUAUAGGUAUAUAUGUAUGUGUAUAAGGCUUUUUCCCCGAGCUGGAGUCAUUGACUCUAAUUAUAAUCUUAUCUCAUGAAGGCAGCAGCUAAUGCUGAACAUGCCCUGAAGAGCUACUUAGUAUAGGAGAUUGAGGCUGCAGCUGAACAGCAGCGGAUGAUGAAAGCUCUCCGGGGAUAAUCCCAGGCAUUGUCGUACAUAGUGAGGAUAUUGUGUUACCUGUUGGAAUGACUGUCUGACUUCAGUAACAUGGCAAGUUUGCUGGAGGAAUCCGGAUCUGUUACUCGCGGAGUCAAUGUCCUGUCAUACACAAUGAUGAUAUGUGUAAAAUAUUACACGUCAGUUACAACGAGGAACUGACGGGUCUAGUCUAGCUGUCAGCAGAAAACUGAUUAUUACAUGUUUGUUCUAAUCAAGUGAUGUGUCGACUAUAGCAAUUUAUCUUGUGGUGAAGUUUGGAAUGAAUUCCUGAAGGAUAUAAAAUAUUCAGAAACUGCAUGGAAAACCAAAAGACGAAAACACUUAAUUUUGUGUAACAAAUAAAAUAGGGAAGAAUUGAAAGGAGAAAAUGAUAUCUGUAAGACAAAACCUUAUUGUCUGAAGUAUGGAAAGUGACGUAGACAAGGAGGUCACCAAAACGCCUCCAAAAGAAAGUCCGCAGAGAAUAUUGAAUCGUAUUGUACCAACACUGCGCCAACAUGCUGUGUUGCCGUAUAUACGACAUCAACGCUGGAGUGUGGCGACCGAGGAGAAGGAGUACACGCCAGUGUGUGUACACUUACAAGGGGUGGAGGGGUUGUUCCCUCCAAGAAACACAGGGCCACAGAAUGAGAGUAAAACAGUGGAAUACCAGCUUAGUAUAAGCCUCUACGAUCUGAAUUUUCGCCACUUCUUUGGUCGACAAUGGAUUGGGCCGUACACCUCGAUGAAUGCGAACCAGAAGAAGCCGAAACUGAAAUACAACCAGAAUGUGUAUUUCCAUACGUCGUUAGGCAAUGCAAGUCUUGCCGGCGUUGUCGAGGCUGUUGCUACAGUCAGAGAAGAGGAUGGCAAGCAGAAGAAGUCAACAUGCGCCUGGGGCCUCAUCCGUAUCUUUAAGUCUAACGAGGAUCUCCCAGACUUCGGCCGAGCCUCAAACCUCCCCGUCCAGAAAAUUCAGAUGUUUUAUGGAACACCAAGAGCACUUUUCUUCAUGGAGGAACCGAUUGAGAGUGACAGUAACCUGAAGCCGAUCCCAGACUGUGUGCUGUCCUAUACCCUUGGUACCCACAAAGCCCUGCUAGACGUAAUGAACCUUAUACCAGAAAAUGUCAUCGUGGCCAGCAACGACAUGAUCCCAGGCCUACAGGAAAGCCAGACUCCAGGCAAGGACCAGCUGAAGAAACCCAAGUCUAUGCGUAAGAUAGCCUGUCAGCUGGAACACGUGAACAUCCAACUCCUGCCCACUGUAGACAAAUUUGAGGAGGAGCUCUCAGAACUUUUACACAAAGACCGCGUGGAACGAGACGGGCGUGCCACAUCUGGCACUCAGGUCACCAUCGUCGAGAGGAGAUUGCUGGUCGGUGUACAUAACGGCUGGGGGUUCCUUGACAAGCCUCAGAUAUUCCACCUGGACCUUCACCAAGACAAGUCUAAAUCCCUAAAACCUACCGCCAGUCCUAGUGUCCGUCGCAGCAAGAAGUUUCAGCAGUCCAGUCAGAAGACAGAGGACAGUACAACAUUCCUGACGCUGCAGAAUAAGAUAGAGCUAGGAGAGCUCCUAGAGGAUCCCAUGGUGGCCAUCACUUUUACCCUGGAGUAUGUCAUUGGGGAACCUCUCUCUGAGGAGGACCGGAAGGUGUCCAGCUGCGUAGCACGGGGAAACACACGGACCGUCUCUAUACGUUGGGCAGCAUGGAAUCCCUUUUUAGCACAAAGCUCAUAUGAAAUAAGAUUGGCACUGAACGGAGGGCCGAGUCCCGCCCCUGAUGAGGAGUUCAUUUAUAAACUGCCAGACACCAAGAUGCAGCAUGAGAACGUCAGUAAAACAGCAGGGGGAAUCCUGGCCUUCUCCUUCUCCUUCCUAGGCCAGAACGAAGGGUAUGGUGGCAUGCCCAGUGCGGCAAUGCUUGGUCCUGGGGGUAUGAUGUCUGAUGGUAUGAUGCAGGGUAUGAGUGGCAUGAUGCCCGCAGGAAGUGGCUUCAUGCCAGGGUCCAUGGCCUCGAUGCAAAGUGGUGAGGGUAGCGAUAUGAUGAUGGACUCUUCCGGAUUACGGAAACCUCCCUCUGGCAGAUCCCCUAGUGGUUUUGGAAUGUAUGCUAAUCAGGGCGCUAUGGCUAUGAGGCGGCCGAGUAUGGCCUCUGUAGGCCAGAGUGAGUGUACAACAACACGGACUGCGAUGGAUCAAACUCCAGGCAGUGGCCCAAUGUCACUACAGGUGCCACAGAUGAUGCCACAGGGUGGCAUGAGCCACCAGCAGCAGUUGAUGCAGCAGCAGCAGCAGCAGCAACAACAGAUGAUGAUGCAGCAAGGGAUGGGUCCCCAGGGUGGGAUGUCUGUCCCCCAGAUGUACCCUCCUGGACCCCAGGGCUACAUGAUGCACCCCCAGCAGUCCAUGUAUGGCCCCCAACAGGGCAUGUAUGGCAUGGAGAUCUCUCACAUGUCCAUGAGCAGUCGACAGGUUGGGAUGUCUACGGAGAUGAAUGAACUCCCUUUUACCCCCGUCCAUGCCCCCAUAGUGGUGCAGCCCCACGCAAAUGCCGGGGCCCAGGGUUUGUCACGGGCGGCGUAUGCCCGACUCUUUAACGCAGGAUUUGAGCCGAUACUGGACAGGAACAGUGAGCCGCCUGAGGUCAUUGACCCACGACAGCAGCGUAGACUUGACCUCAGUAAGGAGAACUCUGAUCCUCUACAAUGUAAUGAAAUUGUCUUCCAGUUCCUGGCAUUUUCCAAAAUGAUGACAUUUGAAGCAACAGGACCAAAAACUGAAACAAAAACAGUAUUCUUCACGUUCCAAUUCUACAGGUGUCCUCAGGUCACCACUGAAAGAAUGAUGCUGGCCAAACCUGAGAACGAGUUGUCAUCUGACCGUUACUCAGUACCGUACAUACUACAGAAGAUUCAGCCGGAUGGAAACAUGACUCAGGCCCCUCCGGGCAUGGAGGUGCGGUACCACAUGGACCCAGCCUGUAUGAAGCCUGGCGAGAACGCCCUGUUCCUGAAACACUUAUUUCAACAGGUCCUCCACAUAGAUGUUUGGGACGGAGACACACUUCUACUUAUGGGGUCAUGUGCAGUACAACUCAAGUACUUGUGUCGAUGUGGAAGUGAGGCUGUACAGACGACCUUUGAACUUGACGUCAUAACGACCGAGUAUGAAAACGACCCAAAUAUAGUCAACAGCAACAUUAAUCAAGUGGGUGGGCUUCAAGCAUUUGGAGUAAAGACCUACGUAAAAGGCAAACUCCACCUCCGAAUGGCAAACAUCGGGCAAAAAACAGAUCCGAAAUCUACACUGGCAGCACAGAUAGGCCACACAGGGAAAAAGCCGCGCGUUUUGUCUCAGACAGCGGGGAACAGCUCGUACCCAGGUGGAGGUCUUACGGGUACCUUCACUUCUUCUAGUGCUACUCCUGGUGAAUCCCAGUUGAAAAAGGUCGCUCGAGCGAAACACGUGGCAGACAAGAACCACGAGGUACAGGCCAUGCUGAUGUCACACAAAGAUCAGAUGGUGCCGGAAAAGGACACGAAUCGUGAGGGAGACGCCGAGAAGAACAGGAAGUUAUCUCGUAUCCACGCUGUACGCCAGGCUCAGGGCAUCGACAACAAGGUCAACACUAUAAUGAGUUACAAGACGGAGAAGUCGGAUCGUAUGAGAGACUAUAAGACGAUAGAGAUUUACCGUCUGCAGACUAAGAAGGAUGGAAUCAUGAGCAUGCUGAGUCAGACCAUCUCCACGAACUACACAGUCCAUCCGUCAUUUGGCUCGUCAGAGUUCUUCGAAUAUGUCUUUAAAAAUCCAUUUAAUGUACAACAGACCAUAACAGUGGAAUUUGAUGAUAAGGAAUUACAUGUUGUGACAGACCCUAGGGAGUGGCGUUAUUUUAAGAGGCUGUAUGAACUACAGGGGGAAGUGGAAGAGGGUAUGUUCAACAAACAAAGCAAGGCACAGUAUGUGGAGAUUUUCCUGCGGCCAAAAGAGACAGUCCAGAUCCCAUUCAAGUACCUCACAUUCACAGCUGAUGAGAGUGUCCAGCCGCAGGGCCCUGUGGAUCCAUUCAAACAGAAGAAUGAGGAUGAUGAAGACAUCAAGAAACCUCCCUCACAGACCAUGAAUGAGAAAUCCAUCAAGGUUUACUUUAAGAAUGAGGAUGGUAAACCGGUGUCUAUCCUAAACGUGAAUGUUGAACCACAGCCUCACAUCAUUGACCAGACAUUCCGGUUCUACCACCCGGAACAGUCCUUCCUCAAGAAGUCCAUCCGCAUGCCACCUUUCCAGUCACUUCCAGGUGCUCCAGUGGGCGGGCCAGGACUGAACCAGGUGUUUGUCAGGUGUAGCAAUAGUCACGUGAUCUGUGACAGCAAGAGUACCCAACCUGGGGAACCUACUGAUGUCUUCCUCAAGGUGGCUAUGGGGCCGUCUCCCCAAAGUAAACGGUUCUUUGUAGCGAUGUACUUUGAUCCGUUUAUGGCACGACCGGUACAGAUAUGGCAGUUUUAUGUGCACGCCCUACAGCGUGUAGACGUAGCUUGUGUGGAGGGCCAGACUAGUCGCUUCGACCUCCUCCUCAGAGGAACACAAGCCUCACGCCUGGUACGCUGUUACUCGUCGCACCCGAACGAGAUGCAGAUGUUUCCGGGCGAUCAAUUUAUGCUGACAGCUGGAGCUGUUCACGAGAUGACUGUCGCAGUCCGCCCAAUGAAAGAAGGAAACAAAUUCUUCUACAUAAACAUAGUAGAUGUAGAAUAUCAUCAACUUAUACGCUCAUGGCUUGUGUGUGUUACUUGUCGUCCGCCUAUGGUCUCUCGAUCUUUUGACGUAGUUCUCCCGAUGGGUGGUGGAAAGGGCUGCAGCAAACGAAUCCCGUACACAAAUCCCUACCCGCACAAAAAGGUAUUUGUUCUCCUGAAUAACCGUGAGGACCUGUUACAGUUCCGCGAGUCACGACUGGAGAUCGAGGGCGGAGAGACCCAGACCAUCGGGCUACGGUUUACACCGGUUACUAAGGCCGGUAGUGUCGAGGUCAUGGUCUUUAUCAAUGACGAGGACGAUAAAAACGAGGAGACCUUCAAAAUUACUGCCACAUAUCAAUAGUGCUAGAUAUCUUAGUUUUUGUAAUGGCGAAUGUCUUUCUGAAUUGCAUGUCUUCUCCCUCAUACCGUAUUUGAAGGAGAAAACAACCCAAGUCUUGUACCUCAGACUCUGUAUUUUUCUAAGGGAUGUUGUUUUUGUUAUUUUUGUAGCUUGGUACCAAUUUGUGCCAUGAAUAACUGUUGUCCUUGUUAGAUGCCAAAUAGACGAUUUUACUAUAAAUUUGGCACUACAGUACUGGUUGGUUAAUCCAAAAUGCACAAGUCAACAUCUGUCCCAUCAUAAUUUAUAUGUUCAUUAUUUCAUUUUCAUGUGCAUGUUUGGGUUGGCAAGUCAUUGUUAGAGUUCAGUAUUGGAGAAAAAAAGGUCCAUUGGAUGGAAACUUUCUUCUCUUGCAAGGCAAAUGUUCCGUAGAUGUUUUCAAAUAUUUCAUAUUUCGGGGAGAGAGGUAACACACCCUGAUCGUCACUAAAUGUCUUCUGUAAGUGACUUUGAUUCUACACUGAAAAGAUAAGUUGCCAUGCCGUCAUAUGAUGUGGGCCACAACAUGGUCAAUGUGACAGCUCUCAGCUGGACAGGACCAAUCUAAACCAGAAAUACAGUCAAACUUCGAUGUUUCGAACUUUGUGUGACCAUCAGGAAAAAAUCGAAACAUCAAGACUUCGACUCAUGAAUGUUAAACUUCGAAUAUCUUUGAGAUCCUGUAUAUACUGCAGAGGCUAAAUGUGACAGCUGUUAAGUGAUGGAACACAAGAAGUUGUAAUUUUCAAUAUUUUCCUAAAGAAGUGAGAAAUUUGAUUCAUCAAAGUUUGAUUUAUAAAUGGAAUAUUAGUUUUAGAAAAAAAAUUCUAGACUUUGCUGUAAGUUCCACACAUCAAGAAAUUCAAAUUCUUUAAAGUUUGAUUUAUAGAAGUUUGACUGUAUUUGACAAUUUCAAACUGAUUCAUCUGUCCCCAUAUAUACCUCAUCUACAGCAAUUAGUUUUAUGAAUCACCUCAUUCAUUUUUGAAUUUCUUGUGUCAAAUAUCUGGUUUAAGUUGUGUCAUAAAAUUUACGUUUUUCUUAGCAAACAUUAUCUAUCAUACAAGCUUUAAAUGCAUCGUUGUCUUUACCGCGUAUAUUGCCAAAGUCCGUCCAGCUAUACAGACCUGUGCCUACAGUUAGUUAAACUUUACAGUGCCUGACAGUAUAAUUAAAGUAUUGACUGUUCAGGAAUUAAUUGUAAAGUGUCCUUUUUGAACAUUUCAGCAUAACUGUAUAAUUUGUUAUCAUGUAGAUUGAGUGAGGAAGUUAUAUAAUUAG